AUGCCAUCCGUGCCGACGGGCGAUGUGCUGCUACGGCUUAGGCCGUACGAGUACGCUCAUGUUGUGAAUGAAAACACUAACACAACAGAACUUUUUGUUGGUCCUCUGACACGAGCCCUUGCAUCGAAUGAAAUAAUUUCCAAGCCCGUGACACCGUUUCACGUUGUGCCGCAUGGAAGUUAUGGUGUCAUUGAGAAUCCUCACGUUCGAGCGAGCGAUGGGGUGACGCCUGUGCGUGACAGAUGGGGCCAGACGAAGGUGCGCGCAGGUGAGCGGGAGAUUGUUAUUGGCUCUACAGCCUUUCCCCUCUACCCCGAAGAGCGACUUGUGCUUGUGGCUCCUAUGACAGUUCUCAGCCAAGAUGAGGGCCUUGAGGUGAAGGCAUUGUGCAACUACACUUCCAGCGACGGCGUGAAGCGCGUGGAGGGGGAACGUUUUAUCUAUGCAGUUCCCGGCACGUAUUGUCCACGUGUGGAGGAGGAAGCGGGAGAAGUUCGUCGUGCUGUGCACAUCAAGCAAGGCCACGCAAUCCGAGUUCGUGCGGUGGAGGCGUUUACGGACAAGGAUGGCCAGUCGCGGCGAAAGGGCGAGGAAUAUCUCCGUACGGAGCCUACCUCCUACAUUUGCACUGUCUCGGAAGAGUUUGUUGGACAUGUUUCUCCUAUCGUGCUGCAUCCUGAUGAAGGGUUGCAUGUGAAGGUGUUGCGGCGCUUUGUAGAUGAAAGGGAAUAUGGGAGAGGAGUGGAGCGUCUCGCGGGGCAGACGUACUUUAUCACACACGACGAUGUCCCCUUGUUCCUGUUGCACCCCUAUGAAAAAAUUGUACUAUCUGUAAAGAAGUUACAUGUGAGCAAAAAACAGUACGCAGUUGUGGUAAAUAAGAAGACGUCAUGUCGCCGAUUUGUCACAGAUGCUUCAUUUUAUUUGCAGCUAGAUGAGUUUUUGGAUGGAAAUGUCAUUCAUGACAGUUAUAUCCUUAACGAAGGGCAGGCUAUUUUAUUAAAGGCAUUGGAGGACUUUGAAGAUACCGACGUCCAGCCAUCAGUACAGCGACGAGUUGGAGAUGUUUGGCUUCUGCAUGGCCCACGAGAAUAUGUUCCAAACGCCUUUACUGAAGUAUGUAAGGAUAAGGACAAUAAAGCUGUGCGAGAACGCAUCAUCCUUACAGAUGGAAAUGGAAUCUACGUGCGCAACAUCGCCACGGGUGAGGUGAGGUCGGUGAAUGGUCCUGUGGCAUACAUGCUGGAUGCCUUAGAGGAACUAUGGGAGAAGAAUCUAUCACCCGAUGUAGAGAGGUGUCUUGCAGGGCAGCAUUGCUUACCUCCUGAGCCGAGUGAAGAGAGUAACCUUUCUAAAUCCUCAUCUGAUCAAGGCCUUCGGGGGAAAACACACUGGGCUGUGAUGUAUAGAGUUCCAUACAGAAGUGUGACACAAGUUUACAAUUACAAGGCCUUAACGACUCGAACUAUCUUUGGACCAGAACGUGUUUUACUGGAGCCUGAUGAGGAGUUCACGCUUGUCACACUCUCAGGUUCACAGUUUGAUCCGAAUAAUCCAAGCGACUGCCCCGCGAAAGAGAUCAACCAUAUCAAGGCACUUCAUUUGUUUCUUGGGCCCUCAAAUAUGAGGGAUAUUGUCAAUGUGGAGACACGGGAUCAUGCCCAACUUGCUUUACAGCUGUGUUAUGCCUGGUAUUUUGAUGUCGCCCCUGGAGAUGAAUUGGCAGCAGGAAAAUGCUUUAGUGUAAGUGACUUUGUGGCGGAUACCUGCUCCUUCAUCGCCGGCCGCAUUCGUGCCGCGGUGGCAUCAUUGCCAUUUCAGCAAUUUCAUAAAAACAGUGGAAAGAUAUUGCAGGAAGCCGUCUUUGGGGUGGAUCCCGUCACUCGAGUUACACGGACGGAGCUUCGCUUUGCGGCGAACAACUUUGUUGUGACCUCCGUGGACACACAGAGGAUGGAGGUUCUUGACGCACGGACUCGUGAAGGUCUGCAGAAGUCCGUCAAGAUAGCCAUUGAAAUUACCACUCAGGCCCAAGAGUCGAAAGCACAGCAAAUUGCAUUGGCUCGCGAGCAGCACUCCCGUGGGUUGCUUGAGCGGCAAAAAAUACAAGAUCGGGUGGAAAAUGAAAUACAGCGGCGAAUGUUGCUAGAGGCCGAGGCCCACAGCUUUGCGGUGCAAAGUUCAGGUCGCUUACAUUCCGUUACUGACGCCGCUGCAAAGGCGGCAAGUGUGGAACACGAAUCAGCAAUGAAGGCCGCACGUAUUCACGCAGCGAAAGAUGAUGUUACAAAUAGCGUCUUGGCUGAAGUGGAAAAUCAGAAACGUGCACUACAGCAUGACUACGAAAGUCAGCGAGUGGCUUUGGCUCAUGAAAUUGAAAACGCGCUUGCUGAUAUUGAGAACCAAAAGUUUGCUGCAGUAAUGGAGGCCAUUGGCCCUGAAACUGUAAUGGAAAUAGCCAAGGCGGGACCUGAACUUCAGGCGAAGUUGUUGGAGAGCUUGGGAUUAGAAGGUUAUCUUGUCAUGGACGGCAGCACGCCGAUUAAUCUCUUUCGAACCGCUGCAGAAAUGAGUACACAGCCAUCCGCGUGA